UUCCCGGAGCAGGCGGGGUUUCCUCCCGCGAGGGCCACGUGGGCUCCGGGACGUGGCGGCGAGUAUCUCCGAAGCGAGAAUUGAACUUAAAUCCCAAGCUUGGAGUUGUGUUUGAACGAGGCCGAGAGGAGAGCGGAGGCGUCCGGAGCUGCGCCCGCGCCCACAGUCGCAGGCGGGACUGGCUGCCACUCGGUCUUGAGUGGCAGACCUCGGAUUCUAAACAAAUCUGUGCUCAUGGAGACUGACUCUGUACAAGCCACAUUAUGUCAAGAAAGAAAAAAAGACCCAAUAGAAAUGUUACAUUCUGGGCAGCUGAUAAAAGUCUGUGCCCCAAUGGUUCGUUAUUCAAAGUUGGCUUUUAGAACACUAGUAAGAAAAUACUGCUGUGAUUUGUGUUAUACACCAAUGAUAGUGGCUGCUGAUUUUGUCCGAUCUGUAAAAGCCAGAGACAGUGAAUUUACCACCAACAGAGGUGAUUGCCCAUUGAUUGUUCAGUUUGCUGCUAAUGAUGCAAGACUGUUAUCUGAUGCUGCUCGUAUAGUCUGUCCUUAUGCGAAUGGAAUAGACAUUAACUGUGGUUGCCCUCAGAGGUGGGCAAUGGCAGAAGGUUAUGGAGCUUGCUUAAUAAACAAACCAGAGCUUGUUCGAGAUAUGGUGAAACAAGUUAGAAAUCAAGUGGAAAACCCCAGGUUUUCAGUUUCGAUUAAAAUAAGGAUCCAUGAUGACCUUACAAAAACUGUAGAUCUUUGUCGAAAGGCUGAAGCAACAGGAGUUUCCUGGAUUACAGUCCAUGGAAGAACUACUGAAGAAAGACAUCAGCCAGUCCACUAUGAUGCCAUUAAAAUGAUAAAGGAAAAUGUGUCUGUACCUAUAAUUGCUAAUGGAGAUAUUAGAAGCUUAAAAGAAGCAGAAAAUGUGUGGCAGAUUACUGGAACAGAUGGUGUAAUGGCUGCAAGAGGACUUUUAGCCAACCCAGCCAUGUUUGCUGGAUAUGAGGAAACCCCACUGAAAUGUAUCUGGGACUGGGCUGACAUUGCUCUUGAACUUGGAACUCCUUUUAUGUGUUUCCAUCAACAUUUAAUGUACAUGAUGGAAAAAAUAACUUCAAGGCAGGAAAAAAGAAUAUUUAAUGCUCUGUCAAGCACAUCAGCAGUUUUAGAUUACCUUACAGACCAUUAUGGCAUUUGACUGGACUUUCUAAAUUAUUUUAACUGUAAUUUUUUUUGUCUUUUCUUUUUUGGUACUGGAGAUCAAACCCAGUUGCACUUU